GUGAGAAUUAGCAGCCUACAUUAACAAUUUAACAUCCAGCGAGACCCUUACCUGACCGCAUGGGCAACACCGCGAGAUUUUCUGUGGUGACCUUGAAUUUGUUCUCUUUUAUUCGCCAGUAAAUAUAUCAAUAUUCCAUGAAUUCGUGGAUAUUUGUAAAGGAUUAAUUUUAUCUAGCUAACUAAAACUUUGCAAGUUUCUACACUACUCUUAGACCGAGCAUUUAUUUUCAAAUGUCGGCAUCAGGUGCUUCGGUUGUCUUGUCUGUGUUACGCCAGUCGGAUGCAAAAUUUUAUGAGUGGAAUUCCUUCUGGAAGAAAAACAUCGAGCCACUGGCAUUAGCCGAUAGCACAGACAAGGAUGAUAUUCUUUUGAUUGUGAGAAGUAUGGAGGAUAUUUAUCAAGAAAUAUGUCGAUCACAGCAAAGGAUGUCUUCGGUUUACAGCCGUCCGUUUCAAAAUGGCGGACAGCAAAUUCGAAGUCCACCUUCUAUCAGUCCCCAGUUGAGCUUGAACAGCGAUGUGGAUUUCAGCAUACAUCUUGGUACGAUAUCAGACGCAGAAGAGAAAGACGAAGUCGAAGAAUUGGUGCACUCAUUCGAGCCAGGGGAACGAAGAGGAACGCUCACUCCCAUGCAGCUACCUCCGCCUGACCUUUCCGGAUCCCCAUCUGGUGGAAAUCGAUCAGUUAAUAAGAAAGCGGCUCUAAAAAAUUAUUUGCGAUCGUCCAGCGUGCAAUCUUCUACGUCUGCUGAAGCUGGGUCGAAUCCAUCAAGUCGCCGAAUCAGUGCGAUGAAAGCGGGGCUAGAAAAUGAUGCAGUUUCUCUGGAUGGUCAGUCGUUAUCGACAGAUCAGUCAGUACCCGGGAAGAACAGCCGGCACCCAACUCGUGCACGUUCGCCCUCCAGUGUAUCAAUGGGAAAUGUCUCGACCACCGGUACUAUAAUGACGAGCAACUACUUCCAAACAGUCGAAAAUUACUCCGAACUGGACCUCAAGCCAGAAGUGAUUCAAGGACUGGAGCUUUUUGCAUCCAAAGAUUUAACUCUAACGCAGAAAAGAGCUAUUGCCCCGUUAUUAGAAGGCCGAAAUGUUAUUAUGGAGGCACCGGAGAGGAGCGGAAAAUGCGCGGUUUGCACAACCACUAUCCUCCAACGACUGGAUACAUCGAACUUGGAAUGCCAGAUUGUUAUAUGCACAGCUGACAAAGACUCAACAGAAAGGUUUCGAAGCCUUUUGAAGACCGUCGGGCAAUACGUCAGACCGAGAAUGCAUGUGUGCGAUUCUUCCUCCGUAAUGAAUGACAUUAAACGCUUAAAGAGUGACCGGCAGAUUGUCAUCGCUACUCCAGAGACUCUGGAAAAGCUCUGCGCAAAACGCGUUCUGUAUUUAAAGGAAGUGAAAAUGUUUGUUAUUGACGACGCAGUCAGUAUGAAAAAUUCACAAAAUGCUAUACGCGAUGUUUUCAUUCGAUUGCCGGAAGAUGUGCAGGUUGUCGUUUUCGCCCCCAAAAUACCACCGGCAAUGUACCGCCUCUUGAAAACCUUCGUGCUCGAUCCUGUCUGCAUCAUGGUUGACGAAAAAGAAUGGGCAGCUUCCACAUCUCAUGCAUACUGGCACGGUUAUUACAAUGUGCGGAAUAGUGAAUGGAAGCUAGACACUUUAAAAGCAUUGUUCAAGUCCAGAGCUCUGCCAUAUACAGCUGGAAAAUCUCUUGUGGUUUGUCCCAAUCAACCAGAAACACAGCUGAUAGUGACGGAGUUGAAAAAAGCCGGUUUCGUGGUUUACAAUAUGGAUCAGAAAAAAAAUUUACCUGAAGAAUUCCUUACCAAGACAACCGGCAUACUGGUAAUGACUUUAACAACACUCAAAAAUUUUUCGGAGAAAAUGGGAAACCUUAGGCUAAUCGUGAACUAUGGGUUACCUCCUGACAUCAAAGACUACAUCUAUACACUUCAACAUCUGGACUAUCCACAAGGGAAAUACAAAGGAUACGUUGUAAAUUUUGUGACGCCGGGAGAGAUGCUUAUUCUGCAAGCUAUUCAUGAUUACCUUAACAUAACAAUCGAGCAGAUUGACAGCAGCGUCUUUUCUGAACUUAAAAGAUAUCCAGCAAAAGUGACGUGACGGGAGCAUGCCAGACUUUACGCUACAGCUGUAACAGUAUAUGGUACAAAGCGUUUGUCCGACUGCGGUUUUACUUUGAAUAUUCAUGUUCGCAUUUGUUAAAUGAAAUUUUAUUCUCCUCAGAAUUUUGGUAUUUUCAGUGAAUCCCGAAUGUGCAAGACACAGAUAAAAAAAACC